GGAAUCCACCGCCAGCACGUAGCCGAAGUUAUCGAAACGCCCCUAAAGCGGAAUUUAAGAAAUGCCAACAAGUCCUUUGCUUUUAUUGAAAGGGGCGUGUUGGGCAAGACAAUCAUUUCCUACGCCGUUUCUCUCUCCUGCCCUAAUCCUUGAUCCCCAAAAGCUACUGCCAAGUAGUAGUAGCAGCAGCAAUAAUAGAGAGAGAAACUUUGGAGAGAAAAAGUGUAGCAGGGUUAGGGCAAUGCCUUGUUCUUCAUCUGAUGACAAUGGGGCUUUGUGUAAUUUCAAGCUAAACGAGUCCACCUUCCUAGCUUCUCUCAUGCCGAAGAAAGAGAUUAAGGCCGAUCUUUUCAUCGAAGCUCACCCGGACUUCGAUGGCCGUGGCGUUGUCAUUGCUAUAUUUGAUUCUGGUGUGGACCCUGCAGCUGCUGGGUUGCAAGUUACCUCAGAUGGGAAGCCAAAAAUUCUAGAUGUCAUUGAUUGCACUGGGAGUGGUGAUAUUGAUACUUCAAAUGUCGUGAAGGCUGAUGCAGAUGGUUGUUUAUGCGGAGCUUCAGGGGCAUCUCUGGUUGUAAAUUCGUCAUGGAAGAACCCUUCUGGGGAAUGGCAUGUGGGGUAUAAGUUGUUGUAUGAGCUUUUUACAGACACGUUGACUUCUCGUUUGAAGAAAGAACGAAAGAAAAAGUGGGAUGAGAAGCAUCAGGAAGCCAUAGCUGAAGCUGUAAAGUGUCUUGAUGAAUUUGACAAGAAACAUGUAAAAGUCGAGGAUGCUAAUUUGAAACGGGCUCGUGAAGACCUCCAAAACAAAGUUGAUUUUCUGCGAAAGCAAGCUGAUAGCUAUGAUGACAAGGGGCCUGUUAUAGAUGCUGUUGUAUGGCAUGAUGGAGAGCUAUGGAGGGUUGCUCUUGACACACAAAGUCUUGAGGAUGAUCUUGAGCGGGGGAAACUUGCUGAAUUUGUCCCCCUAACUAAUUAUAGGGUUGAACGAAAAUUUGGUGUUUUCAGCAGUCUUGAUGCUUGUUCAUUCGUUGCUAAUGUAUAUGAUAAAGGGAAUAUUUUAAGUAUUGUAACAGACUGCUCUCCCCAUGGCACUCAUGUUGCUGGUAUUGCUUCGGCUUUCCACCCAAAGGAACCUCUGCUGAAUGGAGUUGCACCAGGAGCACAGUUAAUUUCGUGUAAAAUUGGAGAUGCACGCUUAGGUUCAAUGGAAACUGGAACAGGCUUGACACGUGCACUGAUAGCUGCGGUGGAGCACAAAUGCGACCUCAUCAACAUGAGUUAUGGUGAACCAACAUUGUUGCCUGAUUAUGGACGUUUUGUUGACCUCGUUGAUGAAGUGGUGAACAAGCAUCGUCUAAUAUUUGUCAGUAGUGCUGGCAACAGUGGCCCAGCAUUGAGUACUGUGGGUGCACCUGGUGGUACCACUUCAAGCAUAAUAGGAGUUGGUGCAUAUGUCUCUCCAGCUAUGGCUGCUGGAGCUCACUGUGUAGUUGAACCUCCUUCUGAAGGGCUUGAAUACACCUGGUCUAGCAGAGGACCAACUGUUGAUGGGGAUCUUGGAGUCUGUAUAAGCGCUCCUGGUGGGGCAGUGGCUCCUGUCCCUACAUGGACGCUUCAACGACGUAUGCUUAUGAACGGAACUUCAAUGGCAUCUCCCUCUGCUUGUGGCGGAGUUGCUUUACUCGUUAGUGCCAUGAAGGCCGAGGGCAUUCCAGUGAGUCCAUACAUUGUAAGGGAAGCUCUUGAGAAUUCAUCUAUCCCUGUUGGUGUUUUGCCAGAAGAUAAACUAACCACUGGGCAGGGGCUUAUGCAAGUUGACAAGGCACAUGAAUAUAUUCAGAAGUUGCAUAAAGUCCCAUGUGUUAGAUAUCAAAUAAAGAUAAAUCAAGCUGGUAAAUCAACCCCUACGUCACGAGGCAUCUAUCUACGGGAGGCUAGUGCUUGCCAACAAUCAACGGAGUGGACGGUGCAAGUUGAACCAAAGUUCCAUGAUGAUGCUAGCAAUUUAGAGCAGUUGGUUCCCUUUGAAGAGUGUAUUGAGUUGCAUUCUAGUGGAAAGGAAUUUGUGAAAGCUCCCGAGUAUCUCCUUCUCACUCAUAACGGCCGCAGCUUCAACAUAGUUGUAGAUCCUACCAAUCUGAGUGAUGGUUUACACUAUUAUGAACUGUGUGGGAUUGAUUGCAAAGCCCCAUGGCGUGGUCCCGUUUUCAGAAUCCCUGUUACUAUAACAAAGGCGAUGGCUGUGAAAAAUCAACCUGCACUACUUUCAUUUUCAGGGAUGACAUUUCUUCCAGGCCAUAUUGAAAGGAAAUAUAUCAAGGUACCAAUUGGUGCUUCUUGGGUUGAGGCUACCUUGCGGACAUCAGGGUUUGAUACUGCUAGAAGAUUUUUUGUUGACACUGUUCAGAUCAGUCCGUUGCAAAGGCCUAUGAAGUGGGAAAGUGUCAUUACAUUCUCGUGUCCUUCUGCCAAAAGCUUUGCAUUUCCGGUGGAGGGUGGUCGGACAAUGGAAUUGGUGAUAGCUCAAUUUUGGUCAAGUGGCAUUGGAAGUCAUGAAGCCACUGUUGUAGAGUUUGAGAUUGGGUUUCAUGGGAUUAAUAUCAACAAAGAGGAAGUGGUACUAGAUGGAAGUGAUGCCCCUGCCAGAAUUGAUGCUGAAGCUCUUCUAUCCUCUGAGAAACUUGCCCCAGCUGCAAUUCUAAGCAAGAUACGAAUCCCAUAUCGUCCUAUUGAUGCUAAACUGUGUACCCUUCCAACAGAUCGUGACAAAUUGCCCUCAGGCAAACAGAUUCUAGCAUUAACAUUAACUUACAAGUUCAAAUUAGAAGAUGGAGCGGAAGUAAAACCUCAAAUCCCCUUACUUAACAAUCGCAUAUAUGAUAACAAAUUCGAGUCUCAAUUUUAUAUGAUUUCUGAUUCAAACAAGCGUGUAUAUACAAUGGGGGAUGUCUACCCUAAUUCUACUAAACUUCCCAAGGGUGAAUACAAUUUACAGCUUUAUCUGAGGCAUGACAACGUGCAAUACUUGGAGAAGAUGAAGCCAUUGGUGUUGUUCAUUGAAAGAAAUUUGGAGGACAAGGAAAUCAUUCGCUUGAGCUUUUAUUCGCAACCAGAUGGCCCAGUGAUGGGUAAUGGUAGCUUUAAAUCCUCUGUUUUAGUGCCUGGAGUGAAAGAAGCAUUUUAUGUGGGCCCACCAACGAAAGACAAGCUCCCUAAGAACUCUCCUGAAGGAUCUGUAUUGCUUGGAGCAAUCUCAUAUGGAAAACUCUCAUUUGGGAUUCAAGAAGAGGGGAAAAAUCCACAAAAGAACCCUGUGUCUUAUCAAAUAUCUUAUCAAGUGCCACCAAAUAAGUUAGAUGAAGACAAGGGAAAAGGUUGUAACACGGCUUGCACAAAAAGUGUGUCUGAACGCUUAGAAGAAGAGGUUCGGGAUGCCAAGAUAAGGGUUCUUGCAAGCCUUAAACAAGGCACUGCUGAAGAGUGCUUAGAAUGGAAAAAGUUGUCCAGCUCUCUCAAGUCCGAGUACCCAAAAUACACUCCCUUGCUUGCUAAAAUAUUGGAAGGUUUGCUAUCACAGAAUAAUGUUGAAGAUAAGAUUCCCCAUUUAGAAGAGAUUAUAGAUGCAGCAGAUGAGGUGAUUGGUAGUGUUGACACAGAUGAAUUAGCGAAGUACUUUUCUUUCAAAAGUGAUCCAGAAGAUGAGGGGGCUGAGAAAGUGAAGAAGAAGAUGGAGACGGCACGUGACCAAUUAGCGGAAGCUCUUUACCAAAAAGGAUUAGCUAUGGCAGAGAUUGAAUCCUUGAAGCAGGGUGAAGAGGCAUCAGCCUUGGCUUCAACUGAAGGUGCAAAUGUGCUGGAUAGGACUAAUGAUAAAUCUAUUCCAGAGUCCAAUGCCCUGCCAGAUUUGUUUGAAGAAAACUUCAAAGAACUAAAGAAAUGGGUGGAUGUGAAAUCCUCCAAGUAUGCCACUCUAUUAGUGAUACAUGAGCGACGUUGUGGAAGGCUUGGAACUGCGCUUAAGGCAUUAAAUGACAUGAUUCAAGCGGAUGGUGAGGCUCCGAAGAAGAAGCUAUAUGAAUUGAAGCUGUCGUUGCUUGAUCAGAUUGGAUGGGGUCAUUUGGUGUCAUAUGAGCGGCAAUGGAUGCAUGUCCGAUUCCCAGCAAGUCUACCGCUUUUUUAAGGUUGUGCAUUGUUUUACAAGGUCGGGGGCAUUAUCUUGUGUAACCUGGUUUCCUGUGAACAUCCUUAUCCUUUGUUUUAGAUUGAUUUUUGCAAGGAUAAUUUCAAAAUACAAAUGAGAUUGCAUAACUAGAUAAUA